AAGUUUGUCAAUUCUAAAUUGAGUUGAGGUUAUGUAUACUAUUAGUACAAAUUGAAAGAAAUUCAUAUUGACGUGUCUGUUAAAAUUUUAUUACACGUUAGAAAGUUAUAGAAAAUGCACUCGGUACUUCAAAGAGGAAAUUCAAUAUUAGCUUAUACUCUCAGCGUUCUGGCAUGUUUAACAUUUUUCUGUUUUGCCUCGACGGUAUUCCUCAACUAUGUAACAGAUGCUAAAAUGAAUACAGUUAAAGUUGUCGUGAAAAACGUUCCGGAUUAUAGUGCUAGUAGAGAAAAAAAUGAUCUAGGUUUCAUUACAUUUGAUUUACAAACUAAUCUCACUGGUUUGUUUAACUGGAACGUUAAACAAUUAUUCCUCUACCUCACAGCUGAAUAUAAAACACCCAGUAAUGAACUUAAUCAGGUUGUAUUAUGGGAUAAAAUAAUUCUGAGAGGAGAGAAUGCUGUUUUAGAUUUUAAAAGUAUGAAUACCAAGUACUACUUCUGGGAUGAUGGAAACGGUCUUAAGGGUAACAAGAACAUUACAUUAAGCCUCUCCUGGAACAUAAUUCCAAAUGCGGGUCUUUUACCAAACGUUUUUGCUAGUGGAAGUUAUUCAUUCAAAUUCCCUUCAGAAUAUACGACUACUAGGGUUUAAAUUUUAUUUAUUAUUAAUAGGUGUAAUUUUUUUAAUAAACAUCUCUGCUAACAA